AUGGGCAACACGAUCACCGUCAUCCUAAUUCUCGCAGCAGUGAUUGCACUGAUCAUUGGCUUUGGAGUUUCAGGUAGACACUCCAUCAGCGUCACUGCUUUGACCUCUGCUGGGAACAUUGGAGAGAACAGCAUCUUGGGCUGCACAUUUGAGCCUGACAUCAAACUCAGCAAUGUUGUAAUUCAGUGGGUAAAGGAUGGUGUUGCUGGGCUGGUCCACGAGUACCGAGAUGGCAAGGACCAGCUGCACAGCCAGGACGAGACUUUCCAGGGCCGCACGGCAGUCUUUGCAGAGCAGGUGAUUAGUGGGAAUGCAUCCCUGAUGCUCAGAGAUGUGCAGCUUUCUGAUGCUGGCACCUACCGCUGCUCUGUGACCACAUCCAAAGGGAAUGGAGAGGCAGUGCUGGAGUAUAAAACUGGAGCCUUCAGCACUCCAGAGGUGCAUGUGGAUUACAACAGCAGUCGGGAGACCCUGCGGUGCGAGGCGCCCCGGUGGUUCCCUCAACCGGUGGUUAUGUGGACCUCACCCAAUGUCACGGGGAACAACCUCUCUGAGGUCGUCAACACCAGCUUCAAGCUGAACUCAGAGAAUGUGACUAUGAAGGUGGUGUCCUUUCUGCACAACAUCACUGCUAAUACCACCUACACCUGUGUAAUCAAGAAUGACAUCGCCAAAGCCAUGGGGGACAUCCAAGUGACAGUUUCCAAUGUCACAAAGAAGAUAAAAGUGCAGCUUAUAAACCUGAACAUGGCAUCAGCUUCCUCAUCUCCUCCUGCCCUUCAUUGGUUGCUUCUUCCCUUCCUGUUCUUGUUAUCUUUGUAAUACUGACCUGCCAGGAAGAAGUGCACAGAGGAGAUACAAGUGGAAGACAGACACCACAUCUGUGCUGACUAUGGAACAGACAUU